CCCCCCCGGCCCCGCUCUCAUGUUUGGCUGACUGGCUGGCUUGGGGGGGGAAAGGAUCGAAAGAGGCUGGUGAUGUGGUGAUGUGCGCGCGCGACGUUGUUCAUGUGGCGCCACGCUGCUGGCUGCUGGCUGCUGGCUGCGCGCAGCCCUGCACUGCAUCGACCACUUUACCUAACUUUACCUAACAUUCCGAGCAUCGUCCGUCUUCUUUUCCCCAAUGGCACACGCAUCUGGCCAACCCAGCAUCUCCGUCCUUCCCCCCUCAUCGUUUCCCAUCUCCGCGGGGAUAUCGGGACGGAUUCGCCAAACGGCCAAGGGCUGGGGAUGGGUUACCAUUUCAUUUUUUUUUAGCUUCUUCCUUCCGCGUAACUUGCUGGAGGUGGUGGUGGGGAGUUCAUGGGCCGGCGGUGUCAAUUUCUUGUUUUCUUGUCAGCUGCUUGGCGGGUUUGUCGGUUAUUUAGCGGGGUGAAGGCUCGGAGGGGUUGCUAUUUUGGCGUUGAUCGGUCCGGCUUCCUCGAUUUGGACGAGCUGGGGGUCAUUGGCAACAUGGAAGAAAGAGUCGGGUGAGAUCGGUAUCCGGGGGUUGCCGCUCACGCUGCUUUGCUCUUUGCUCCGUUCCAUCCCGUUCAUAUUCUUCCACUGCCAAAAGAAUCACGAGCCACGGGGUAAGCGGUUGGCUCAUCUGGUUGAAGAGAGGAUUGCAGCUCCGUGUCACCACCCCUUCAUUCCUUCUCUCCGUCAGCCAAGACGCCCAGAGCCUGGGCGCAACCGGCUAGAACAUCUGGAAGCUUAGGGCUUGCCACCCCGUUCCAUUAGCAGUUCAAGAUUGGUGAGCCGGCCGAUCGAAGGACCAUCUUGCAGGAGCCGGC